AAGCUCUACAAGGACAAGAUGAGACGCGAUGAUACAAACACCAAGGAGCACAACUUUAUCGUGGGUGACUAUGUCCUGUUAAAACAGAAGAAGGUCAACAAAUGGUCAACGGCGUAUGAACCGAUCUUCUAUACAAUUAUCAGAAUUAGUGGAUCUACAAUCACGGCAAGGCGAGUCACAGAUCGUCGAGAAAUUUGCAGAGAUUCGAGCCAUUCUAAAUUGGCCAAUGCCAUCAUGCAUGAAGGUGGAAAAGGAGGGCAUUGUGAAGACUGGAGAGAGACUCUACUUGUGAACACUGACAGCGCUGACCAAUCAUCUGAGGAAUGGAUACAAUCUCAAGGGGAGCAGUUACAACCAAGAGAUAGCCCCGAGCACAGAGGUUCCAUAGAGGAGAAUGCUCUAAACCAAUCACCUAAAGAUGCAAAUCUACAAUCGAAGGAUUAUCAACCACUGGCUAUGACACCGGCACAAGACACUCUAAGACCGGUAAAAGACACGGCUAGACCAACGAAACACAGGCCUAGACCAGCACAAAACGUGCCCAUGGCAGAAUCAUCGUCUGGACCGAGAAGGGAACGGCGUAGACCUGCUUAUUUGACUGAUUGUGUCGCACAAAUGUUAAACAGUUAGCUUUAAGCGGACUCUUAGC